CUACAGAAACAAGAUGAGUUCCGCUUCCGACCAAGAAAAGCUCCGGGCACCGCCGCAUGUACUGAUUUUCCCGAUGCCGGUGCAGGGCCACCUCAACCCCAUGUUGAAGCUAGCCCAUCUCCUCUGCCUAGCUGAAUUCCACGUCACCUUCAUCAUCUCCGACUUCAACCACCGCCGCCUGCUCCAGCACAACACGGCAUCUGCCGCCUUCUCCCGCUACCCGGGAUUCCAGUUCCGGACUUUCCCGGACGGCCUCCCUGACGACCACCCCCGCAGCGGUCACAGAGCCAUGGAGCUUGUGUCUUCCGUCGCAAACGUCACAGUCCCACUCUUCAAGAAAAUGAUGAUCCAAGAAAACUUCUUGGCUUCCGCCGCCCGUCGACCAGUUACCUGCUUCGUUGCCGACGGUCUGCUCAGUUCCGCCCCCGACUUUUGCCAAGAGAAUGGAAUUCCUCUCAUCUUCUUUGGAACUGCCUCCACCUCCUACUUGUGGGCUAUUUUCCGUUUUCCUCAGCUUCUUCAAGCUCAAGAAAUUCCUUUCCGAGGAAAAUCGAUGGAUGGAUUAAUAGAAAGCAUACCGGGAAUGGAAGAUUUUCUACGGAGGCGUGACUUGCCGGGUUUCUACCGUGUCGACGACGUAAACGACCCCACUCUCAAGGAAGUUGUAGCUGCAACGAGGCUGAUUGAGAGGGCGCAAGCCGUAAUAUUUAACACUUGUGAAGAUUUAGAGGGGAAGAUAGUUGCUGAGAUACAUAAACAUGUGCCAAGAGUUUUCUCCAUUGGUCCAAUCCACGAGCAAGUGAAAUACAGACUGACGGAGAAGAAGGUGGAGUCCUCGAUAAUCACGGCCAGCCUAUGGGAGGAAGACCGGAGCUGCAUCGAAUGGCUAGACGCGCAGUCGCCUAAAUCCGUCAUCUAUGUGAGCUUUGGGAGCAUAGCACUUGUGACGAGAGAGCAAGUGUUAGAGCUCUUGCACGGCUUACUCGACAGUUCACAGAGGUUUUUGUGGGUCAUGAGGCCGGAUUCCAUCACCGGAAGCGACGGAGAGGAUCCAGUUCCGGCAGAAUUAAUGGAACGUAUUAAAAGGAAGGGUUUGUUGGUGGAGUGGGCCCCACAGGAGAAGGUGCUCAACCACCCUGCAGUUGGAGGGUUUAUGACGCACAGUGGAUGGAAUUCGACUCUUGAGAGCAUUGGUGCUGGCGUGCCAAUGGUGUGCUGGCCUUAUUUUGCGGACCAAAUGACGAAUAGUAGGUUUGUGAGUGAGGUUUGGAAGAUCGGAUUGGAUAUCAAAGACACUUGUGACAGAAAAAUUAUUGUGAAGGUAAUUAGGGAUUUGAUGGAAGUGAGAAAAGACGAGUUUAUGGAAAGGUCAGCAAAUUUGGCUAAACUAGUGAAAAAGACUGUUAGUAAAGGGGGUUCGUCACAUAAUAAUCUGGAUGGUCUCAUUCAGUAUAUUAGGUCGUUGGUGAUUUGAUUAUGGAUUGCCUAAUGCCAGUUGUGGUUUGAUGUGGCUUUGUUA